AUGUCAGGACAACUGAACAAGGCACAGGCAAUAGUCCAACACAUCUUGAAGCUGAUGCCUUUGCCGAGACGCUGUCCUCCUGGAGCCACGCGUACUUCAGGAGGACCAUUAUUCGUUGGCAUCUCUGGACCUCAAGGCAUUGGCAAGACGACCAUCACGCGAGAGCUAGUAUCGACUCUGACUGAAGCACCUCACAACUUACGCGUCUUCAGCUUCUCAAUGGACGACCUCUACCUCCCCUUCAAGCGCCAGCAAGCGCUCAGUCAACGAUACCCAGACAACAAAUUGAUCGAGUUCAGAGGACUUCCAGGAACGCACGACAUCGCAUUGGGAACCAAGACCUUCCGAGCACUUUACGAAGCAAGCCAACCUCAAUCAUCGGGCACAAUGGUCCCAGUACCCUCGUACGACAAGGCUCUCUAUUCAGGUCGUGGCGAUCAAGUCCCUGAGGACCAAUGGCAUCGCUCUCAAGGACCAUUCGACGUGAUCCUGUUCGAGGGUUGGUCCCUCGGGUUCAAGUCUAUUCGGGAUCCAAAGCGGCUGGCAGAGAUCUAUGCCUCUGCACCGAAAUAUCUCUCCCAGCACCCAUUCUCGUCGAUUGAGAUGGUGAACCAUGCACUGGAGGAAUACGAGCGGGAAUGGUACACCUAUUUGGAUGCCUUUGUUCAUCUGUCAGCGCCCAACAUAUCAACCGUUUUCAAGUGGAGACAAGAACAGGAGGAAGGACUGUGGGCGACAAAGGGUACAGGAAUGACUAAGGAUCAGGUCAAGGACUUUGUUGUCCGAUUCAUGCCCGCCUAUGAGGUCUAUCUAGAGCGGCUUAAGCAGGAGAACUUGUUCAAGAAUGUGCAGGGAGGAGGUGGACCGGCAUCAUACCAAGGCCGUCACCUGAGAAUAGAUCUGGAUGAAGACCGAGAAAUUCUCUCGACAACGCUUGUAGAGUCAUAA